AUGUUUUGUUUGUUUAGCCCACCUCAUUUUAUCAUAGGGUUGAAAAUUUCCGGUUUGCCAGUCUCUGCUCUCCAGUUGAUAGUUAGUUUUACUGUUCAGCUUAGUCUUCAAGAAGAGGAGGAACAUUGUCGGGCAUAGUCAUAGGUCUUGAAGGCAGUGAAUUACUGUAGGCCUUUUACCGAGUAACUCUUUGGAAACAUGUAUGAGUUAUUUAGCUACCGUUAAUUAAUUAUUGUUUAGAGAUCGUCAGAGACGGUCUGGAGUGAUACACAGGUGACUGGCCUUACUGUAUCAGACUCAUGGUAAUUAUUAUGAGGAACAUAGUCAGUCAUAGGUCUUGAAGGCGGUGGAUUGGCAAAUUCCACAUUCUGAUGACAAACUCCUUGAGAAUACUUAACCUCUUGACUCAUGGGCCUAUCUCUUACUCAGGGUUGCAGAUCUCCAGUUUUCCAAGGAGUCUCCACAGUCCACACUCCAGUUUUUCGAUCUGAUCUCAGGCCAGGCCAACUCAAUUAGCAGUAAUUUGAGUCGGACGACACAACGGCUCUCAGCAUUCAGCAUGCUGCCGAGCUGAGCAACUCGACUCACGAAAGAGAAAGGUGAGGUUGAGGACGGCCAUUUUUGGUGGAGAGGUGUGCACUUCCUGACGUCAGCUCCUCUUCCACUCGGCUUUGCUUCAGGCUUCAGUCUUAGUCCGACCCUCACUUGUUCAGUUACACCGUACUUUCUCAUUUCGACGGAUCUCUCGACGACAAUGGAUUAAUGCUAGAGGGAUAUGGAUCGGUGGGAGUGGGGUCUGUCAUUGAAGAUGGGAGGAAGUUGACCAUGUGGCCAUGAACCAAGACGGUGGCGAGGGUUACAACACCCUGCCGAAGCAGAGGGAGCGGACAGGAGGACGGAUCAACGAAAACGAAAGGCCGCUCAGUCUCUAUGACAACCUGGAUGAUACGCCGAGGGCAUCCCCAAGCAGAUCCGUCGGCCCGUCCCAGGCAGCCGCCAUGGUCACAACCGUCCCCCAGAACAUCGUCGCACCCAAGAUCGAAGGACGACACGCACCGACGAGAUCGUCCCUCAGGCACAGCAGGAUGAUUGUGCUGACGAAACAAGGCAAAGUGCCAAAGAAGUACCUGCCGUAUGUCGUCCGAAGGCAUAAAUUGGCCACAAGCCUUUUGAUCCUCCAGCUCUUGAUGGGAAUAGCAAUUUCAACGUUAGCAGGAUGGCUACUUCUAUGGGCGCCAAAUCUUCACAUCAGAGAUAUACCAUAUUGGAGCGGUCUUCCAGUGCUGUUUUCAGCAUUUAUAGGAGUUAUUCUAAUGUGCUGUUGUAGAAGGGAGUAUCCUGGGAUGCCAGUGAAAUACCACGUUUGCACUUUUAGGGUAAUCAGUGUUAUAUGUUCUUUAAUAGCAGCUAUAGUGAGCAUAAUGGCAGCAGGAUUUGCAAUAGUCCAUUUGGUAAAAUUAUACAGGAUGGUGUGCGAACCGGCCAACGUCCUGAAUGCUAGUUGCAUUUGCCGGUCGAGUACUCAGGUUAUGUUCUACUUGGACCUCAACUGCUUAGAAGUAUGGAACAUCCUUUCUAUUCUUCUUAUAGCAUCGACUGCGACGAAUGCGAUUGCAGGCGUCCUCUCCUCUUGGUAUGUCCUUCUCCACUGGAGCAGUAGAACACUUUACACGUAUAGUCAAGUAAGAACUAAUGAGAACAGGCCUAUUAUUGUGACAAACAACAUGUGAAGUGGGCCUUGAUUUAUUUUUAUUUUACGCCUGUACAGCCAGAUUUAGAUUGGUGAAGUGUUGAAUAAACAAAUAUAUGAAAAACCCAUGUCUAUUUUAAAGGACGUUUAAAAAGUGAAUGGUUCUAAAUUAAGCAAACAUUCCAUUGCUAAUUAUUGGCAAAUGUUAAAGAGUAAAACAUUUUGCAUGUCUCUUUAUAUGUAAACUCUUAAGGAUUGAUCUGUGUUAGCAUAAACCUUAAAAAGCUAAGCAUAAAUUGAGUUAUAGUGAACUUAAAAGAAACCCACGUGUUUGUUUCUAACUUAAAUUUGAACAAAUGUAAUCCUAUAUUUAUUGCUGAUAUAAUUUUUUGUAUCGUU